AUGGCGUCACGGGCAAUUGCCCAAGUUACCUACCUUCAUGCUACUCCACUGAUGUUGUUAUCCCACCUCGCUGCUGGUCGCAAAAAAUUCUGGCAAGCUGUAAGGAAAUUGAUAGAUGUGCUUGAAGGAAAUAUGUCGAUGUCGUCUUCCAUGAAUUUUAGUGAUGUGCCGAUUAUGGAUUCUCUGAAAAAGAUCAUCGAUAAGGAUGAAAGUAUAUCGAUAAGCGACGUUUCAGAAUAUACACCAAUGAUGGAUAUUCAGUACUCGUCAAGAAAAAACAGAUUGAAUCACUUCAUCCGUGUUCAAUUAGAACCGCUCAGCAAUAAAACGUUUAAUUUUUAUUCACGGUAUAAAAACUCAAAAGAAAACAUAUCAACUCAAUUUCAAGAAAUAAAUAUUGCACCAAAACCUCUACUUGUCAAAUCAAUUGAAGAAUCUUUUUCUGAAAAUAAAAAUACAGUUGAAGACAAAUAUCCGUAUGUUGUGAAUUUAUUUCAAACUACAACAAAAUCCUCUUCAGCAAUAAAUAACCAAAAUGUUGUAAUACAAGUGCACGAAGAAGAUGAAUCAAAACCACUUAAAAUUUCAAAAACUGAAAAAAGCAACAAUAAAGAAUUGAAAGCCUCUCCUGUGCAACUUAAAAAGUUACGCCAUUCUUUUUCCUAUCCUAGCUCGUCAAUGAAAUACCAUAGCGCAAUAAUCAACAAACCUUUUAAAAGUUUACCAAAUUGUAAUUUAAGUUAUAUACGACCUUAUUCUAAUGCUAAAAGAGGUGGCUUGACUCCUGCUUUUCGAACACCGCAAGCCAUUAUAUCAACAGAUAACAGAGGAAAUGAUCAACAAGCCAGAAGAAACAGUUUCAGAAAAAAGUUGCAUAACUUGAAAAAAUAUGCAGAUGAGUCUAUAGUGAUUGAAUGUUCUAACAAUUUAUCGCUCGUUCCACAGCAAUUAAAUCUGAACCAAAGGGAUGAUUUCAAAACAGUUUAUUCGGUUGCUUCAGUUGUUCCAGAACAAUCUUCGUCGAUAAAUGUUGACAACAAUAUUAAACUUAAAAAUUUUUCAGUUAAAUCAGCUGAAACACCAGAAAUAAUAAGAACAACAAUAUCAACAACAUCAACUACUUCAACAACAGUCGGCAAUAUAACAAAUUUAACGUCAACCGCAUCCCAAGAAUUAUCUAAAGAAUUAUGGCAAUUAAGGGCAUUGUUAGCAAAUAAUGUUGAUGAUUUAGAUUCAGAAGAAUCUAUUCCAGCAACACCUUUCAAUUUAGAAAAUGUAAACAACACAUCCUCGUUAAUAACAAUGACAAACACAGAAGAUUCUCCAUUCCAUUCAUUUAUUACAUCUAGUUGUAAUAGUUCAUUACUAGAAUCUUUUCAUUCUAUUGAAGAUACAUUAGACUUUGAAAAUUUACAAAAUUUAUCGGCAAACAUUGAUAAAAAUGAAUUGGCUUUGAAAUUAUUAUCUAAAGGGAUAAAUGAUUCAAACACGUUGAAAUUUUGCAAAGAGUUAAUUGCAAAAUUUGCUUCGUCUACGUUGAGUCAGCCAACUGAAACUUCAACAAAAGAUAAUUGUGAAGAAGUUUUAGAUAUAAGUCACAAAGAUUCUAAAAAGGAAACAGUACAAAAUCAAAAGAUAUCGCAGUCAGAACAAGAAGAAUUGAAUUUAGUCAGAAAACCGAGUGUAAGAAGACAAACAUACAGAAAUGCCAUUGCUCGUCGUCAAGCAAAGGAAGAGCGGCUUCAACAAAAAUCUGAAAUAAAAAUGGAACCAAAAAAUGAAAAAAAUGAAUUAAAUGCAAAUACCACACAAAAAUUAAAUUUAACGACGGGGAGUGAAACAAGCCAGGACACAGAGAGCAGUAUUUCUUUCGAACGAUUUUUAGCUACUGGUGGAAGUUGUAGUACAACUGCUGCAUCGUUGUCCUGUGAUGACAGCAACGCUAGUACUGAUAGUACCGGCGAGUCUCAUCUGUACAAAUUGGAAAAACUAAGAGGAGAUAGCGGAUAUAAAUCACUUGAGAAUCAACAAUCUCUGAACAUGAGGUAUGAUUACAGAUCAACGUUAAACUUUGUUCCACAAGAGAGUAACAUUAUUAGUGAAGAUGAAUUGAUGAUGUCUCCAAUCGUCACUGGCGCGUCAAGUUCAAUUCCAGUAUUAACAAGAAGAGUUCAUUCUGCCGAUGAAAAUUUAGUCAGGACAAAUUCGAUAAUUCCCAAUGUUGAGUUGAUUGCUCCAUCUGUUCCACAAAGUUCGGUAGCAGUCAAUAAAUCAUCAACCAAUUUGAGUUUGUUCACCAAAAUGUCUCAACAAGUUUUAUUAUCUAGAAACAAAGCUGCUGAAAAAAAACGGAUUCAAUACAAAUGUGAUCGACAACUAAUUAAAAUUCAAGAUAGUUUUAUUGAUGCUGGAUUUAAAAACGUAAAAGUGACUACAACAUCAUCCCAAUGUGUAGCUCCUAAACCACCUUUUUAUAGCAGUGGAUCUAUAAAUUUAUCAAAUUCGUCAUUUGCAUCUUCUUUUAUUUCAAGAUUUUUAAAGUCGCAUUCCCGAAGAUCGCUUGUAAGGAUGCAAAGGGAUUACAGCAUUGACGAAAGGACUGAUGCUCUUUUCAAUGAAUUUUUACGAUUCGAUCCAGCGUUAGAAAUAAAGCAUACCUUGUGCGUUACAAGAAGACCAUCACCGAGAACACGCCACCAUGCACAUUAUACAAAUCGACACAAAUCAACCGAACAUAGAUCUUCAACUUCUCCAUCAAAACUUACUUCGUUUUUGGCCACCAACGACUCUCCUGCUGAAAUGAAAAUAAAGCGACACGAUCGAAGGCAGUAUAAAUUUUCAACCACGGACAAGAUUGCCGAUAUUAAUUUAUCAUCAAAAUAUGUUGAAACGCAGAGUUAUAAACGUUUUCAAAAUUUUAAUACUUUUGACAAAGAUAAUUCACAAAAAUUAAAUGAGUUAGAGCCAAUUGUUAGUAACAUUAAAACGGAUCAAGACAACGAUGUAAACAAAGAAGGUAUGAAAUCAUUGAUAUCACCAAAAACUCUUCCUAAAGUUUCAACAAACACGACCAAUCACCCAACAAAUAAUGCCACUGAUGUCGUAAAUCGAAUGGAUAGAUCCACUGGUCAAAUAGAUGCCAAACGAAAUAUUCCAGUUAUUCAACUAACAGAAGAAGAAUAA